CACAUGACAGCUCGCAAACCUCCUGACUCCUUUCUGUCGAUUGUUUUCUUACUCGGAUAUUAUUGCUAAAGGAAGAUGGCUGCGGAGAUGGAACCUCCACCACUGGGAGAUGCAGGACAGACUGACUUCAGGGAGAUAGAAGAUGGAGAAGGCCUUUUUGUCAGUACUGUCACUACGCUAGAGGUAAGAGUGAUCCGAGGCCGACGUAUAAAAGCAGCUAGGGGCUUGAUGCUCAUUGAUACAGUACUAGACGACAAGUAAGUCAGGCGACCUUCAGUUGUUGUGAGCUAGAUACUGCUAGGUUUAUGAAACGGUUGUGCUUCGGGCGUUAUUUUCUUUAAAUGAAAAUAAUGCAACAAAGUAGCCACUACAGUUUAUUAUAAUCAUGAAUGAUCAUUUGUAGCCAGCUCACUAUCCUGAUGAUGGCCAAAAACGCAUACUGGGAGUGGGUUUGUUCUUGAGAUUCAGCCCUGCGUCAGAAAAACGCAUAAUGUCUGCGCUGUUAACUGUUUUCGGGUUUUCUGUAGGUGAUCAUCACAGGUGUGGCACAUUUUAAAUGAGUCAAUUUUCAUUUCAUUUUAUUUAUUUAAAUGGUAAUAAACUAACAAAUGGGACACUCAUGGAGUUGUACAAACAUUAGCUUGGACUUUAGCUGAAUUCAUUGUUGUGCAAUUUACAUUUGACAUUUUAGUUAUUUAACAGAGUCUUACGCUCUUAGUUGCAAAAUGCUAAAGGCCUAAUAUUCUACAAACUAUACCAAAUAUCUUUUUGGAGUAUCACCAAUUAUGGGAGAGUGCACUAGCCCAAUCCUAGAAGUUGACUCCCUCUGAAAUGUAGACUAUAAUCUCUCCAUUCCUGUUGCGUCAGUCAUACAUUUCCCUUGUGAGCUGUGAAUUUACAGGUGUAAGUCAGGUGUGCAUUUAUUGCAUAGAUGGUCCUUGAAAUUUUCCAAUAAACAAAUGAACAAUGAUGAGCAUACACAUUAACUAAGUGGACCUCUUUCUGCACUUUUAAGUGGAGUGGACUAAGGUUAAGUGGAGUCUCUAUUGACCUCUGCCCCCUCCCCCUGCCCCAAAAUGCAAUGACACUGUAGGUGUGAUCGAGGUGUUAGACUGCCUCAAUAACAUGUUACACCUACAGCGUAAUUCCGUGAAUGUCGAACUUUUGCUGCACACAUCCAGAUCAUGCUGCAUACCAUUUUGCGCAAUGACGCUUUAAGUGUGAUCGAGGCAUAAGGUUUUGCUGCUGUUCUUUUUUGCCUGAGGUGAACUUUGAUUUUGAACUCAGCAGCAAACAUACAUUGAUGCCAAGGAGAGUUUCCUGGCUUUUCUCUUAUCCUGUGCUGAGUAGUAGGUGGAGGAAACGUCCCAUUAUCAGUCCCACUUCCUCUUUUCUCCUUAGCUCAGCUUUUAUUUACGUACACUCUAAAGUGUUCUUGAAUUGUGACGAGGUGUCUUUCUGAUGUGUGCUAUUUCUAUGCUUCUCGUUCUUAAGUUUCGUUUUUGCAUCUUUUACUUUCGGUUUUGUACACAAACUGAAAAUACAAUAUUUUUGGUUAUUGGAAAUAUAUUUCACUGCGGUUUAGAUGGUACAAUGAUUCUCUACAUUAUACAUGGCUUGUUUUGUCACAAACUGAAAUUAGGCAAACUACUAGAAUUUUAGCAACCAGGAAAUUACGGAGUGUUUUCUGCAUAUUGCGCCUUUAAAUUCAUUUAAAACAAUAGAAAAUUGUAAUAAGCUUAAUCUUGACUGGAGUGAAACUGUGUGUUUAAAACACUAGUUAUUGGUUUGUUAUGUAUUCAUGUAGGCCUAUUUAGGUUAAUGUUUUAUUUUACUGCCCAUUAUGAUUCCUCCUUUUUACAGUAUGGCUGCUCAUAUAUUUCAUUGGAAGCUGACACAUGGUUUUUGUGUUACUUUCCAAUAAAAUAAAAAUGUUGUCAUCUGAGGACAUGCAACAGUUAGUUUUUUCUACUUAGUUCCAGUAGGCCCGUAUGCUAGUUUGUUUCCAACAUUUCACAUGUCCCAUAAUAGGCCUAUACUGAAAUUCAUUGGUUUUUAAGUUGACAUUUAGCAUUGGUUUAUCCUUUACCUAGGCCUAUGUGCACCUAAUAAAAUUAGUCUUAACUGAUACGAUUUUUUGGACUUUUUAUUACGUUUGUGCUUUUCUGCAGUCUCCAGAACCCUCAUCUCCAGACCCAGCCAGCAUGCCUGCAGAAGGCAUCAGUACAAACUCCAAUGGACCUAAGCAAGAAGACAUUUCAUUAGAUGAUGACCCAGAGGAUCUGUUUGCAGGUAUUCCAUCACCUCUGAUUAAACAAUUAUCCUCUUAACUCUAUUAUUAAAGGGAUAGUUAACCCAAAUUACAAAAUGUCCUAUUGGUUUCCUUACCCUUUAUGCCGGGGAUAGGCAACCCUGUUCCUGGAGUGCUGCAGGUACUGCGGGAUUUUGUUCCAACUAGGCACCACACCUGACCAACUGAGCUAAUUGAUCAGUUCAGUGAUUGCCUAAAUUCAACACACCUGGUCUUCAAAAACAUGAAGCGCCUGCGGCACUCCAGGACCAGGGUUGCCUACCCCUGCUGUAAGCAGUCUAUGGAAGAUAAGACACCAAUCUUUGCUUUUUGGUUUUGUUUACCUGGUCACUGUCUUUUUUGCAUUUAUGGCGCAAAACCAAUCCAAGUGGAUAUCACUUUUUGACUGCAGCCCUUUUGAUUUGAACGAAACAUUUUAUACAUAUUUGCCCAUGGUAGAAGUGGUCCGAAAGUAACUGAAUGCCAAAACAUUUAGGGAAUAGAGGUGCUCAAAUUUGACCUAUUUUGCAUACCCCACCUUACCAUGAGACAUCCAUGUCUUCAUCACUGUAAAAGAUAAACGGUUGAGUUUCUUUUUAAAGCUCACAAACAGGGUUGUUAAACUAUUUUACAAUUUCUUGCAAACAUUUUUUUUUUUUAUAAAUUCAAAUGCAAAAAAGCUAUGCACAAGGACUACUUUUAACAAUUUACACAAGUUUACAAAAACAUAUUUACUUGAACAACAGUGCAUCUGCACAGUUUGUUAACAGAAUGACGGCGCCAACAGCACAAACUGUCAUUCUGUUACCAAACUUUGCAUGUGUACUGUUCUUCAAGUGUUUUUAUCAAACUUUCUGUGUAAAUUGUUAAAAGUAGUCUUUGUGCAUAGUUGUAUGGUUUUUACAUUUUCAUAUCAAUGGAUUUUGGUUGGCAUACAUUUCUAAAGUAAAAAAAUCUGAGUCUGAGCAUAAUUACGGUACCAUGGAAUUGCCCUUAAUCUACCAACCAAUCAUCUCCCACAACACCUUCUCCCUAACCCUCCUCACGCCUCAGUCGUGUGAUUUGCUAAAAUUAAAUGGUGACAAAUACUUUACUCAGUAGGUCACUCCCAUAGAAUUCUAUGGUCACUCCCACUAAGGCCAACUUUGAAACGUUGAUAUUCCAGGCUUAUAUGCGCUGUGCGCCAUCCCUCGUACAGUAUGUCUCUAAUUGUCCCCCACAAGAGCUAUCUAAGACACCACUGGCCUGAUUUUGACUAAACUUGGGUGAAUGAUGCGUCUUGCCAUAGAGAUCCAGCAUUUACAAAAUUACACUGAUUGGCCCAAGGGGGUGCUAUAGUAAUCAACUGAACUUUGAACAAGCAUAUCUCCUGUCCUGUUUGAGCUACAGUCAGGAUAUGUUGUAUGUAUAUGCAGCCCCUUAUGAGCAUCGUGUCCUAUAAGGACCUAUAAGUUCCGCCCGUUAGAAUUUCAGCAAAUUAGACUGUCUCCCACCAAACUUUGAACAAGCAUUUCUCCUGCCCCGUUUGAGCUACAGUCAUGUAAUUUCGUACAUACACUAUAUAUACAAAAGUAUGCGGACACCCCUUCAAAUUAGUGGAUUCGGCUAUUUCAGCCACACCCGUUGCUGACAGGUGGCAGCAACGGGUGUGGCUGAAACACUUCAACGUGGCACAGUCACAGGAUGCCACCUUUCCAACAAGUCAGCUAGCGCUGCCCCGGUCAACUGUAAGUGCUGUUAUUGUGAAGUGGAAACGUCUAGGAGCAACAACGGCACAGCCACAAAGUGGUAGACCACACAAGCUCACAGAAUGGGACCGCUGAAGCGUGUAGCGCGUAAAAAUCGUCUGUCCUCGGUUGCAACACUCACUACCAAGUUCCAAACUGCCUCUGGAAGCAAGUCAGCACAAUAACUGUUCGUCGGGAGCUUCAUGAAAUUGCUUUCCAUGGCCGAGCAGCCACACACAAGCCUAAGAUCACCAUGCACAAUGCCAAGCGUCGGCUGGAGUGGUGUAAAGCUCGCCGCCAUUGGACUCUGGAGCAGUGGAAACGCGUUCCCUGGAGUGAUGAAUCACACGUCACUAUCUGGCAGUCCGACAGACGAAUUCGGGUUUGGCGGAUGCCAGGAAAACGCUACCUGCCCCAAUGCAUAGUGCCAACUGUAAAGUUUGGUGGAGGAGGUAUAAUGGUCUGGGUCUGUUUUCCGUGGUUCGGGCUAGCCCCCCCCCCAUAGUUCCAGUGAAGGGAAAUCUUAACGCUACAGCAUACAAUGACAUUCUAGAUGAUUCUGUGCUUCCAACUUUGUGGCAACAGUCUGGCUGCACAACUGAUUGGCAAACGUACUGCAAAUUGAGAAAUCAUGUGACUAAACUGAAUAAAAAGAAGAAGAAACUAUACUAUGAAACAAAUAAAUUAUAUAAAGAAUGAUAGUAAAAAGCUCUGGAGUACCAUCCAUUGAAUCAGAUGGCUUGUUCAUCACAAAACCCGCUGAUAUUGGCAAUUACUUUAAUGAUUUUUUCAUUGGCAAGAUUAGCAUAUUUAGGCAUGACAUGCCAGCAACAAACGCUGACACUACACAUCCAUGUAUAACUGAUAAAAUGAUGAAAGACAAGCAUUGUAAUUUUGAAUUCUGUAAAGUGAGUGUGGAAGAGGUGAAAAAUGGUCUAUCAACAAUGACAUGCCACAGGGGUCUGACAACUUGGAUGGAAAGUUACUGAGGUGAAUAGCGGACGAUGUUGCCACUGCUUUUUGCCAUAACUUCAAUUUAAGCCUUCUAGAAAGUGUGUUCCCUCAGGCCUAGAGGGAAGCAAAAGUCAUUCCGCUACCUAAGAAUAGUUAAGCCCCCUUUACUGGCUCAAAUUGCCGACCAAUCAGCCUGUUACCAACCCUAAGUAAACUUUUGGGAUUUUUUGUUGUUGACCAGAUACAAUGGUAUGUUACCGUAAACAAUUGACAACAGACUUUCAGCACUCUUAUAGGGAAGGACAUUCAGCAAGCACCGCACUUACACAAAUGACUGAUUGGCUGAGAGAAAUUGAUGAUAAAAACAAUGUGGGGGCUGUUUUGUUAGACUUCAGUGCAGCUUUUUACAUUAUUAAUCAUAGUCUGCUGCUGGAAAAACGUAUGUGAAUGCGGAUGACUCUACACUAUACACGUCAGCUACUACAGCGACUGAAAUGACUGCAACACUUAACAAAGAGCUGCAGUUAGUUUCAGAAUGGGUGGCAAGGAAUAAGUUAGUCCUAAAUAUUUCAAAAACUAAAAGCAUUGUAUUUGGGAUAAAUCAUUCACUAAACUCUAAACCUCAACUCAAUCUUGUAAUAAAUAAUGUGGAAAUUGAGCAAGUUGAGGUGACUAAACUGCUUGAAGUAACCCUGGAUUGUAAACUGUCAUGGUCAAAGCAUGUUGAUACAACAAUAGCUAACAUGGGGAGAAGUCUGUCCAUAAUAAAGCAUCCUACAGGCCCUAGUUUUGUCACUCCUGGACUACUGUUCAGUCGUGUGGUCAGGUGCCACAAAGAGGGACUUAGGAAAAUUAAAAUUGGCUCAGAACAGGGCAGCACGGCUGGCCCUUAAAUGUACACAGAGAGCUAACAUUAAUGAUAUGCUUGUCAAUCUCUCAUGGCUCAAAAUGGAGGAGAGAUUUACUUCAUCACUACAUGUUUUUGUAAGAAGUGUUGACAAGCUGAAUGCACCGAGCUGUCUGUUUGCACGGACACCCAUGCAUACCCCACAAGACAUGCCACCAGAGGCGCACAGUACUACAUAGAGCCAUGACUACAUGGAACUCUAUUCCACAUCCGGUAACUGAUGCAAGCAGUAGAAUCAGAUUUUAAAAACAAAAAAAUACACCUUAUGGAACAAUGAGGACUGUGAAGAGACACACACAGGUACAGACACACAUACGCACAUGGGUGCUAGCACAUGCGCUCUACACACACGUACAGUGGGGGAAAAAAGUAUUUAGUCAGCCACCAAUUGUACAAGUUCUCCCACUUAAAAAGAUGAGAGAGGCCUGUAAUUUUCAUCAUAGGUACACUUUACCUAUGACAGACCAAUCCAAAUCACAUUGUAGGAUUUUUAAUGAAUUUAUUUGCAAAUUAUGGUGGAAAAUAAGUAUUCCUGAGUGGCGCAGUGGUCUAAGGCACUGCAUCGCAGUGCUAACUGUGUCACUAGAGAUCCUGGUUCGAAUCCAGGCUCUGUCGCAGCCGGCCGCGACCGGGAGACUCAUGGGCGGCGCACAAUUGGCCCAGCGUCGUCCAGGGUAGGGGAGGGAAUGGCCGGCCGGGAUGUAGCUCAGUUGAUAGAGCAUGGCGUUUGCAACGCCAGGGUUGUGGGUUCGAUUCCCACGGGGGGCCAGUAUAAAAAAAAUAUGUAUUCACUAACUGUAAGUCGCUCUGGAUAAGAGCGUCUGCUAAAUGACUAAAAUGUAAAAUGUAAAUGUAUUUGGUCACCUACAAACAAGCUAGAUUUCUGGCUCUCACAGACCUGUAACUUCUUCUGUAAGAGGCUCCUCUGUCCUCCACUUGUUACCUGUAUUAAUGGCACCUGUUUGAACUUGUUAUCAGUAUAAAAGACACCUGUCUACAACCUCAAACAGUCACACUCCAAAUUCCACUAUGGCCAAGACCAAAGAGCUGUCAAAGGACACCAGAAACAAAAUUGUAGACCUGCACCAGGCUGGGAAGACUGAAUCUGCAAUAGGUAAGCAGCUUGGUUUGAAGAAAUCAUCUGUGGGAGCAAUUAUUAGGAAAUGGAAGACAUACAAGACCACUGAUAAUCUACCUCUAUCUGGGGCUCCACGCAAGAUCUCACCCCGUGGGGUCAAAAUGAUCACAAGAACGGUGAGCAAAAAUCCCAGAACCACACGGGGUGACCUAAUGAAUGACCUGCAGAGAGCUGGGACCAAAGUAACAAAGCCUACCAUCAGUAACACACUACGCCGCCAGGGACUCAAAUCCUGCAGUGCCAGACGUGUCCCACUGCUUAAGCCAGUACAUGUCCAGGCCCGUCUGAAGUUUGCUAGAGUGCAUUUGGAUGAUCCAGAAGAGGAUUGGGAGAAUGUCAUAUGGUCAGAUGAAACCAAAAUAGAACUUUUUGGUAAAAACUCAACUCGUCGUGUUUGGAGGACAAAGAAUGCUGAGUUGCAUCCAAAGAACACCAUACCUACUGUGAAGCAUGGGGGUGGAAACAUCAUGCUUUGGGGCUGUUUUUCUGCAAAGGGACCAGGACGACUGAUCCGUGUAAAGGAAAGAAUGAAUGUGGCCAUGUAUCGUGAGAUUUUGAGUGAAAACCUCCUUCCAUCAGCAAGGGCAUUGAAGAUGAAACGUGGCUGGGUCUUUCAGCAUGACAAUGAUCCCAAACACACUGCCCGGGCAACGAAGCAUUUCAAGGUCCUGGAGUGGCCUAGCCAGUCUCCAGAUCUCAACCCCAUAGAAAAUCUUUGGAGGGAGUUGAAAGUCUGUGUUGCCCAGCGACAGCCCCAAAACAUCACUGCUCUAGAGGAGAUCUGCAUGGAGGAAUGGGCCAAAAUACCAGCAACAGUGUGUGAAAACCUUGUGAAGACUUACAGAAAACGUUUGACCUGUGUCAUUGCCAACAAAGGGUAUAUAACAAAGUAUUGAGAAACUUUUGUUAUUGACCAAAUACUUAUUUUCCACCAUAAUUUGCAAAUAAAUUCAUAAAAAAUCCUACAAUGUGAUUUUCUGGAAUUUUCUUCUCAUUUUGUCUGUCAUAGUUGACGUGUACCUAUGAUGAAAAUUACAGGCCUCAUCUUUUUAAGUGGGAGAACUUGCACAAUUGGUGGCUGACUAAAUACUUUUUUUCCCCACUGUACAUUGUAAUAUUGUUGUAUGGUGGUAUCAUACAUUUUGUGUUGUAGAUAUGUAGUGGUGUAACAAUGUUAUAUAAUUUACUGUUUUAUCUUUUGUUUUAUAUAUAAUGUCAGUGCCUUAAUGUGUUUGGACCCCAGGAAGAGUAGCUGCUGCCUUGGCAGCAGUUAAUGGGGAACCCUAAUAAAUACAAAUAAAUGCAGUUUGGGGAAGGCCCUUUCCUGUUUCAGCAUGACAAUGCCCCCGUGCACAAAGCGAGGUCCAUACAAAAUUGGUUGUCGAGAUCGGUGUGGAAGAACUUGACUGGCCUGGACAGAGCCCUGACCUCAACCCCAUCGAACACCUUUGGGAUGAAUUGCAAAGCCGACUGCGAGCCAGGCCUAAUCACCCAACAUCAGUGCCCAUCCUCACUAAUGCUCUUGUGGCUGAAGCAAGUCCCCGCAGCAAUGUUCCAACAUCUAGUGUAAAGCCUUCCCAGAAGAGUGAAGCAUGUUAUAGCAGCAAAGGGGGGACCACCUCCAUAUUAAUGCCCAUGAUUUUGGAAUGAGAUAUUCGACGAGCAGGUGUCCACAUACCUUUGGUCAUGUAGUCUAUGCAGCCCCUCAUGAGCAACACGUUUCCCAUAAGGACCUACAAUCUCUGCCCAUUAGAUUUUCCGCACAUUCUAUUUUUUUGUCCCCCACGAUGGGGGAGGGGCUAGAUUUAUUUGAUAAAAUGCUGUUUCUCUUCCUUCUGAUAUGAUUUGAUGACACUACAUAACCGCCUGGUCUUUUGUCAUGAAACUUUGCACAAUGAUGGAAAGUCACUCCCAAGGUUACUACGAUUGACCACAUGGUGGCUUAAGUUUGACUAUGGCCUGCUUGGCCCCCGGAAUUGCAGAUUUAAUAGUUUUUUUCUCUCUCUCAUUCUAUUUGAAUAAUUGUCACUAAUUGGCCCAAGGGGGGGAGCUGCAUCAUUCGUAUGGGACGACAUGUUUACUUUUGCCUUGUUUAACAAUUAAGUUGGGUACGGUGGAAGUUUGCACAAGAGGGCUUUAUAAACAGAAAGAGAGCAGUGCAUUGAUCUAUACGACUUAAGAGAGGGCCAGCCUACUCUCUGAUACAGAAUGCAUUGAUGUGUACUGAACCUAUCGCCAGUAAUAAAGUGUAGUGUGCUAUGAUAAACUGUCCAAUGGCUUCAAUACAGUGGCAGCUGCAUUCAUAUAGACGAUAUCGCCAUAGUCAAAUGCCAGAAUGAAUUUCGACUGAAUGAUUUGUUUUCUGCUGUUUAAUGAAAGGCAUGACCUAUUCCUAUAAAAUAAGCCCAUUUUAAUUCUUAAUUUCUUAACUAACUCAUCAACAUGCUUUUUGAAAGAUAAACAUCAAUCCAUAUGCCCAGAUAGAUAAGCGGGAUAUGAUCAAUGAGGGCACCAUCCAAUGUUUAUGCAUAAAUAAUCAGAUAACAUAUACUUGGUUUUACCUGCAUUUAGUACCAAUUUCAGUUCAGGAAAGGCUUUCUGCAUGGCAAUAAAGGCUGAUAGAACAUCUGAAAGAGCCUUGUCAAAUGGGUGGGGGCAAUAGCAUACACAACAGUGUCAUUUGUUUAUAUGUGUAUGUAAAACAUUUCUGCAGAGAGACCAAUAUUGUUUAUAUAAACAGUAAAAAGUACAGGACCUAAAAUCGACCCCUGUGGGACACCUUUCAUAAUAUCAAAUGACACCCACCCUGUAUUCAAGAGUAUGCUGUGUCUCAACUGAUGGCGGGCACAACACCUCAGAUUAUGUAAAAUAGGGUCGACGCUACAACAUAUGCGAAAAAUCUUAUUUUUUUUGGUUUAUGCGUUUUUAGAUAAUUGACGUUAAAUGAUAUUUUUAUAUAAAAACACUUUUUUUUAAAGGAAUGAUCAAAUUGUUUGAUAACUCAACCUCAACCGUUUAUCAUUUCCAGUGAUGAAGACAUGGAUGGUCAUGGUAGGUUAUGCAAAAUGGGUAAACCUUGAGCUCCUCUAUCUCCUAAAUGUUUUGGCAUUCAGGUCCAAAAAUUCACUUUCUACCAUGGGCAAAUAGGUAUGGUAAGUUUUGUUCAAAUAAAAGGUGUGCGGUCAAAAAGUGAUUGAUUAUCAAAUGGAAUAUCCACAAUUUUCACAUUUCAUGUCCAAGUCAUCCCAAAGUGUCUAAAAUUCAUUGUGUAGCUCAAUAAAGUUAUUGUAAGAUGAUUUGGACAUGAAACGAGAAAUGCUAAUAAUAAAUGUAUAAUUUGGGUGAACUAUCCCUUUAAAAAGAAACCAUUAACUCUGAAGAUUGUGUAUUACGCUCUUCGAAGGUAAAACAGUAGCAGUACAUGAAUACCAUAAUUCCCCAAGUGUUUCCCUUUCCAUUUGGAGUCAUCACUUGUAUUGUGUUUCUCAGUGGAGUGUUUUGUUGUUUGUAUUGUUCUCGAUUCUUUGUAUUUCAGAAGCAACAGAGGAGGUUUCUCUGGACAGCCCAGAGAGGGAGCCCAUCCUGUCGGACGGUCCAUCUCCGGCCAUCACCCCAAUCACCCCCACAGCUAUGCUCACCCCCAGGAUGGGCCUGGGCACCGCUGAGAUGUUUGAGAGAUCCUUGGAUGAGGUAAGUAGUAGGGUUAAGUUGGCCCUAGACACUGAUCUUGGGCCAGUUUUGGAUUUUCCAAAAUAAUGGUUAAGAUUAGUAUUGAGGGAGGAGAUCCUGAUCCUAGAUCUAUACCUAGGGGAAACUUCACCGUGGAGCGUUCUCAUAACACAAAGGUCAAGGUGGACUUUUAAUACCACCAAUGUUAGCCUCCAAAACAUUGGUAGCAUAAAAGGUUCACUGCAGGGAGAGGUUGAGAGUGCGACUUUCAUUUUAUUUUUCUGACUUUGUUUCCUUGUAGAUUGAAGAGGACGAUAGUGGUGACAUCUUUGACAUGCAUAUAGCAGUGUCUGAUCCAGAGAAAGUUGGUAAGUUAAUACCGUGUUAAUGUAUUCAUAUAUUAAAGGGAUACUUUUGGAUUUUGGCAAUGAGGACUUUUAUAUACUUCCCAAGAGUCAGUUGAACUCAUGGAUACCAUUUUUAUGUCUCUGUGUCCAGUAUGAAGGAAGUAAGAGGUGGUUUUGUGAGCCAAUGCUAACUAGCGUUAGCGCAAUGACUGGAAGAAAAAUUAUAAUCUGUUAUUAAUGAAAAAUUAAACACUAACUUCAGUAGAUAAUUACUCACCCCCCUGAGUCAAUACAUGUUAGAAACACUUUUGGCAGCGACUACAGCUGUUAAUCUUUUUUGGUACGUUUCUGAGAGCUUUGCACACCUGGAUUGUGCAAUAUUUGCCCAUUUUAUUAUUUUCUAAGCUCUGUGAAGUUGGUUGAUGAUCAUUCCUAAACAUUCAUUUUCAAGUCUUGCCAAAUAUUUCCAAGCACAUUUAAGUCAAAACUGUAACUAGCGCCACUCAGAAACAUUCACUGUCUUCUUGGUAAGCAUCUGCAGUAUAGAUUUUAGAUUAUUGUCCUGCUGAAAGGUGAAUUUUGUCUCCCAAAAAGUGCAUUCCUUUGCCACAUUCUUUGUAGUAUUUCUUUAGUGUCUUGUUGCGAACAGAGUGCUUGUUUUGGAAUAUUUUUAUUCUGUACAGGCUUCCUUCUUUUCACUCUGUCAUUUAGGUUAGUAUUGUGAAGUAACUACGAUGUUGUUGAUCCAUCCUCAGUUUUCUCUCAUCACAGCCAUUAAACUCUGUAACUGUUUUAAAAUCACCAUUGGCCUCCCUGAGCUGUUUCCUUCCUCAGCAGCAACUCUGUUAGGCAGGACACCUGUAUCUUUGUAGUGACUGGGUGUAUUGAUACACCAUAUAAAGCCUAAUUAAUAAAUGUACCAUGCUCAAAGGGAUAUUCCUUGUCUGCUUUUUCAAUGUUUACCCUUCUGCCAAUUGGUGCCCUUCUUUGUGGGGCAUUGGAAAAGCUCACUGGUCUUUGUGGUUGACUCUGUUCUUGAAAUACACUACUCAAUUGAGGUAUCUUACAGAUAAUUGUAUGUGUGGGGUACAGAGAGGCGGUAGUCAUAAAUAAAUCAUGUUAACCCCUAUUAUUGCACACCGAGUGAGUCCAUGCAACUUAUUAUGUGACUUGUUAAGAAAAUUCUGACUCCUGUACUUAUUUAGGCUUGCCAUAACAAAGGGGGUGAAUACUUAUAAACUCAGCAAAAAAAGAAACGUCCCUUUUUCAGGACCCUGUCUUUCAAAGAUAAUUUGUAAAAAUCCAAAUAACUUCACAAAUCUUAAUUGUAAAGGAUUUGAACACUGUUUCCCAUGCUUGUACAAUGAACCAUAAACUAUUAAUGAACAUGCACCUGUGGAACGGUCGUUAAGACACUAACAGCUGACAGACAGUAGGCAAUUAAGGUCACAGUUAUGAAAACUUAGGACACUAAAGAGGCCUUUCUACUGACUCUGAAAAACACCAAAAAAAUAUGCCCAGGGUCCCUUCCCAUCUGCGUGAACGUGCCUUAGGCAUGCUGCAAGGAGGCAUGGGGACUGCAGAUGUGGCCAGGGCAAUAAACUGCAAUGUCCGUACUGUGAGAAGCCUAAGACAGUGCUACAGGGAGACAGGACGGACAGCUGAUCGUCCUCGCAGUGGCAGACCGAUGUAACAACACCUGCACAGGAUCGGUACAUCCGAACAUUACACCUGCGGGACAGGUACAGGAUGGCAACAACAACUGCCAGAGUUACACCAGGAACGCACAAUCCCUCCAUCAGUGCUGACUGUCCACAAUAGGCUGAGAGAGGCUGGACUGAGGGCUUGUAGGCCUGUUGUAAGGCAGGUCCUCACCAGACAUCACCGGCAACAACAUCGCCUAUGGGCACAAACCCACCGUCGCUGGACCAGACAGGACUGGCAAAUAGUGCUCUUCACUGAUGAGUCGCGGUUUUGUCUCAACAGGGGUGAUGGUCAGAUUCACGUUUAUCGUCGAAGGAGUGAGCGUUACGCCGAGGCCUGUACUCUGGAGCGGGAUCAAUUUGGAGGUGGAGGGUCCGUCAUGGUCUGGGGCGGUUUGUCACAGCAUCAUCGGACUGAGCUUGUUGUCAUUGCAGGCAAUCUCAACGCUGUGCGUUACAGGGAAGACAUCCUCCUCCCUCAUGUGAUACCCUUCCUGCAGGCUCAUCCUGACAUGACCCUCCAGCAUGACAAUGCCACCAGCCAUACUGCUCAUUCUGUGCGUGAUUUCUUGCAAGACAGGAAUGUCAGUGUUCUGCCAUGGCCAGCAAAAUGCACCGAUCUCAAUCCCAUUGAGCACGUCUGGGACCUGUUGGAUCGGAGGGUGAGGGCUAGGGCCAUUCCUCCCAGAAAUGUCUGGGAACUUGCAGGUGCCUUGGUGGAAGAGUGGGGUAACAUCUCACAGAAAGAACUGGCAAAUAUGUUGCAGUCCAUGAAGAGGAGAUGCACUGCAGUACUUAAUGCAGCUGGUGGCCACACCAGAUACUGACUGUUACUUUUGAUUUGACCCCCCUUUGUUCAGGGACACAUUAUUCAAUUUCUGUUAGUCACAUGUCUGUGGAACUUGUUCAGUUUAUGUCUGUUGUUGAAUCUUGUUAAGUUCAUACAAAUAUUUACACAUGUUAAGUUUGCUGAAAAUAAACGCAGUUGACAGUGAGAGGACGUUUCUUUUUUUUGCUGAGUUUAUAACCAAGAUAUUUUAGUUAUACAUUUUUUAUUAAUUUGUAAAAAUUUAUAUAAUUAUAAUAUAUAAAUGUGUGUGUGUAUGUAUGUGUAUAUAUAUAUAUAUAUGACAUUAAUGCAGCAUUUUGUGUAGGUCAGUGAUACAAUAAAUCACAAUUAAAUCCAUUUCAAUCCCACUUUGUAACGCAACAAAAUUAGAAAAAAUCCAAGGGGGGGUGAAUAUUUAUGAUAUGCACUGUAUAAUCCUCUCAAAUAGAAAAUGAGCGACAAUGCUGUUGUAUAGAGGAGGGAAUAGUUAAAACAAUGUUGUGACUUUGGUUUACACUAAUAUUUAUGUUUCUUCUUUAAGGGGAUGGAAUGAACGCUUACAUGGGAUACAAAGUAACAACAAAGGUAAGGAAAAUAUACAGAAGCUAGCCCUAUUUGGUAAAAUACCAAGUCCAUAUUAUGGCAAGAACAGCUCAAAUAAGCAAAGAGAAAUGACAGUCCAUCAUUACUUUAAGACAUGAAGGACAGUCAAAAAAUGUCAAGAACUUUGAAAGUUUCUUCAAGUGCAGUCGCAAAAACCAUCAAGCGCUAUGAUGAAACUGGCUCUCAGGAGGACUGGUUGAGAGAAUGCAAAGAGUGCAAAGCUGUCAUCAAGGCAAAGGGUGGAUAUUUGAAGAAUCUCAAAUAUAAAAUAUAUUUUGAUUUGUUUAACACUUUUUGGGUUACUACAUGAUUCCAUAUGUGUUAUUUCAUAGUUUUGAUGUCUUCACUAUUAUUCUACAAUGUAGAAAAUAGUAAAAAAUAAAGGAAAACCCUUGAAUGAGUAGAUGAGUCCAAACUUUUGACUGGUACUGUACAUGACGGAGGCUCAACCAAUCUAGUCGUCUUGACCACGUUCUUAUGUCAUUCUCGCUGGCACCAGAAGUUUAAAAAGUGUUGAUAGGAGACAGAAUGCGGUCGGACCAUCAAAUAAUUGGCAUAUACAUUACUCUUACAGAAUUUCCACGUGGGCGAGACUAUUAGAAAUGUAAUCAAAACCUAUUGAAUGACGACUUGUUUUUAACCAGCACAGAAUAAUUUAUAACUGACUUUUUCCGACCUAAUAUAGGUACAGCAGAUCCCCUUAUUGUAUAUUCUUUCUAUUAAAAAUGUAAAAUUAACAGCUGUACAGAAAGACUCACGUGAAGGUGAAAUUACAGAGGAGGAACUUCUUGAUGCAAUUAAAGCCUUUAAGUCCGGGAAACCUCCAGGGAUGGAUGGCAUACCAGUUGAGGUAUACCAAACCUUUUUUGAUGUACUCAGAGGACAGUUAUUAGCAUGUUUUAACCACUCCUAUAAAAAGAAAAAAAAGAAGGUCUGAUUUCAUUAUUACUGAAACAGGACCCAAGUGGUAAAUAUAAAGAUCCAGUCCAUUUAAUAAAUUGGAGGCCCCUUACACUUCAGUGUUGUGAUGCAAAAAUUCUAGCAAAAUGCAUAGGGCAUUGAAUUAAAAAGGUAUUGUCUGAUAUUAUUCAUUCAAAUCAGACAGGUUUUUUACAUGGACUAUACAUUGGAAAUAAUAUAAGACAAGUACUGGAAACAAUAGAAAACUAUGAAAAAUCUGGGAAACCAGGCCUGGUAUUUUGAAAAGGCUUUUGAUCAAGUACAACUGGAAUGUAUAUGUAAAUGCCUGGAACGUUUACAUUUUGGAGGAUCUCUAGUACGAUGGGUUAAAGUUCUGUAUAGUAACCCUAGGUGUAAAAUAGUAAAUAAUGGCUACUUCUCAGAAAGUAUUAAACUGUCAAAAGGAGUAAAACAAGGUUGUCCACUAUCGGCAUAUCUAUUUAUUAUGGCCAUCGAAAUGUUAACUAUUAAAAUCAUAUCAUAACAAUAAUAUCAAGGGGCUAGAAAUCCAAGGCUUAAAAACAAAGGUGUCAUUGUAUGCUGUUUUAUUUUAAAUCCACAAUUUGGAUCCCUCCACAGCCUCAUAGAGGUCCUAGAUACUUUUUCUAACCUCUGGAUUACAACCAAAUUAUGAUAAGUGUACUAUAUUAAGUAUUGGAUCAAAAAAAUGAAGACUUUUACAUUACUGUGUAGCUUUACCAAUAAAAUGGUCUGACAGUGAAGUGGACAUACUCAGUAUUCAUAUCCCGAAAGAAAGAAAUGAUCUCACUACGAUACAUUUGAAUAGAAAGUUAGCAAAAAUAGAUAAGAUCUUGCUACCAUGGAAAGGAAAUUACCUGUCAAUUUCUGGAAAAAUCACCCUGAUUUAACACUUUAGUCAUAUCCAAGUUGACCUAUUUGCUUAUGGCCUUGCCUACACCUAGCGACUUGUUUUUUAAAUUAUUCGGCAAACCAGACAAAAUUAAACGGGCCUAUUUAUAUAAUUAAUAUGAAUUCGAAGGGCAGAAAUGAAUAAAUAUAAAAGCAUUAGACCUCUCACUAAAGCCUUCGGUCAUACAAAAGUUAUACUUCAAUUCGAACUGAUUCUCUAGCAGAUUAGUAAGAAUAUUUCACCCCAUGUUCAAGAAUGUCCUUUUUGCCUUUAUUCAGAUUCCAACCUCUUACUUUCUGUUUUAUUAAAACAAAAUCAUCUCCAAAAUAUCGCAAUUUUUAAAACAUGCCAUAGAAAAUGGUUGCAAUUUCAGUUUAAUCCACCAGAAAAUACAGAACUAAUAUUACAACAAAUAUUAUGGUUAAAGUAAUAUAUUAAUUGAUUUAAAUUAUUAUACACAAUUCUUGCAACCAAUAGAAUGUUAUAUACAGUGCAUUUGGGAAGUAUUCCGACCCCUUGACUUUUUCCACAUUUUGUUACGUUACAGCCUUAUUCUAAAAUUGAUUAAAUCGUUUUUUUCCCCCUCAUCAAUCUACACACAAUACACCAUAAUGACAAAGCAAAAAGUGUUUUUUUAGAAGUAUUUGCAAAUGUAUUAAAAAUAAAAAAUGGAAAUAUCACAUUUACAUAAGUAUUCAAACCCUUUACUCAGUACAUUGUUGAAGCACCUUUGGCAUAGAUUACAGCCUCGAGUCUUGUUGGGUAUGAUGCUACAAGCUUGGCACACUUGUAUUUGUGGAGUUUCUCCAAUUCUUCUCUGCAGAUCCUCUCAAGCUCUGUCAGGUUGGAUGGGAAGUGUCGCUGCACAGCUAUUUCAGGUCUCCAGAGAUGUUCGAUAGGGUUCAAGUCUGGAUUCUGGCUGGGCCACUCAAGGACAUUCAGAGACGUGUCCCGAAGCCACUCCUGCAUUGUCUUGGCUGUCUGCUUAAGGUCGUUGUCCUGUUGGAAGGUAAACCUUCGCCCCAGUCUGAGCUCCUGAGUGCUCUGGAGCAGGUUUUCAUCAAAGAUCUCUCUGUACUUUGCUCCGUUCAUCUUUCCCUCGAUCCUACCUAGUCUCCCAGUCCCUGCCACUGAAAAACAUCCCCACAGCAUGAUGCUGCCACCACCGUGCUUCACUGUAGGGUUGGUGCCAGGUUUCCUCCAGACGUGACGCUUGACAUUCAGGCCAAAGAGUUCAAUCUUGGUUUCAUCAGACCAGAGAAUCUUGUUUCUCAUGGUCUGAGAGUCCUUUAGUUGCCUUUUAGCAAACUCCAAGCGGGCUGUCAUGUGCCUUUUACUGAGGAGUGGCUUCCGUCUGGCCACUCUACCAUAAAGACCUGAUUGGUGGUGUGCUGCAAAGAUGGUUGUCCUUCUGGAAGGUUCUCCCAUCUCCACAGAGGAACUCUAGAGCUCUGUCAGAGUGACCAUUGUGUUCUUGGUCACCUCCCUGACAAAGGCCCUUCUCCCCUGAUUGCUCAGUUUGGCCGGGUGGCCAGCUGUAAGAAGAAUCUUGGUGGUUCCAAACUUCUUCCAUUUAAGAAUGAUGGAGGCCACUGUGUUGUUUUUGGUACCCUUCCCCAGAUCUGUGCCUCGACACAAUCCUGUCUCGGAGCUCUACGGACAAUUCCUUCGACCUCAUGGCUUGGUUUUUGCUCAGACAUGCACUGUCAACUGUGGUACCUUAUAUAGACAGAUGUGUGCCUUUCCAAAUCAUGUCCAAACAAUUGAAUUUACCACAGGUGGACUCCAGUCAAGUUGUGGAAACAUUUCAAGGAUGAUCAAUGGAAACAGGAUGCACCUCAGCUCAAUUUCGAAUAUCAUAGCAAAGGGUCUGAAUGAGGUAUUUCUGUUUUAAAAAAUAAAUAAAUUAGCAAACAUUUCUGAAAGCCCUUUUUUGCUUUGUCAUUAUAGAGUAUUGUGUGUAGAUUGAUGCUGAAAAAAAAUAAUUAGAAUAAGGCUGUAAGAUAACAAAAUGUGGAAAAAGUGAAGGGGUCUGAAUACUUUCAGAAUGCACUGGAUAUAAUAAGUUGUAUUAUUUGUGUUAACAAUAAAAAUGACAUUUUCCACUCUUGCAUUUUCUUCUUCCUCCUUCCUUCUUCUAGACCUCUAUGACAAUUUUCAGCAAGAAUGAAACAACUGUAAGGAGGAGGUUUAGUGACUUUCUGGGCUUGCACAGCAAACUAGCCUCCAAGUACCUGCAUAUAGGAUACAUAGUCCCUCCCGCUCCAGAGAAAAGCAUUGUGGGUGAGUGAAAUCUGCUUGGAUGUGUAUUGAGUUGAAUUGAAGACGGUAUUAUUGUUGUUGCGUCAGAGCUAAUUUAGUCAUGUCUUGUGGUACCAAAACAGCAGAGCUGAUAUUUCCUACAGUAGGGUGUAAAGAGGGCAGUCAUUUUGCCUGGGCAACUUUAUUCAUCUACAGGAAUGACUGUGUGUAAACAUUUGUGUAUGUGUUCAUCUACAGGAAUGACUAAGGUCAAAGUGGGGAAGGAGGAUUUGUCUUCUGCAGAAUUUGUCGAGAAGAGAAGAUCAGCCUUAGAAAGGUAUCUAUGAAAAUACCAAAAACCCUUCUCAAAAUCAGUAGAUUUUCAGUACUUCAGACCGACUGCAAACAUGUAUUAUUCUGCUGUUUCAUUUGUUUUGCCAAUUGUUACGACAUGCAUCCAUGCCUGUCCUCCAACAGAGAAUGAUCCUCGCCACGCAGCUCGUUUAAUGCCCUACUUGUCAGACGAGACAGCUCUCAUGUCUUACACAAAACUUUUUCGUGAAAAGCCCCUUCAGUCUAAAGAGCAUUCUUGUUCUGGUCUUUUGUGGCCUGAAAGGUUAACCUAGAAAUAUUAGGUAAAUAAUUAUCACAGAGCUCCAGGGCUUCGGGGCUGUCAACACACGAACGGGGUGGGGAGGGGUGAAUGCUGAGGGAGAAGAUGGUGCUUUCCUCCAGAGCUUCAUACCGUAUCGUAUUCUCUGGACAGAGCUGUCCGACGCGUUCGGUGUUCAGCCCGAGGAUGACUACUGCUGCCCCAUCCCUGGUUUUAGCCAAUUCUGAUGAAUCGAAUAAAAAUGUACGUUAAGUGAGGCCCUGACAUUUCUCUGCCCUUUUCAUCAUCUGCCCAUUGACUGACAUGAAGGUCAGCGUUUACAAGUGGGCAGGGUGUCAGCUUUAUACACCUCACUGUUAAAGAACUGAAUCCUGAUGGCCAAAAUAAUUCAUUUUAAAAUAAGUUAUUUUAAUAUAUAUGCAUUAAAAUAACUUACUUUAAAUUAAUUGUUUGGAAAAACAAAUUGCAAUACAUAUAGAACUUUGAGAAUCACAGUACAUAUCGUAUUGGCACCUAAGUACAUUUACAUUUAUGUAAUUUAGCAGACACUCUUAUCCAGAGCGAUUUACAGUAGUGAGUGCAUACAUUUUUGUACUUUUUCAUACUGGUCCCCCGUGGGAAUCGAACCCACAACCCUGGUAUUGCAAGCACCAUGCUCUACCAACUGAGCCACACAGAACGAAUUAUCGUGAUCUAUUAUUGUGAGGUCCCUGCCAAUUCCUAGCCAUAUUUUUUCAUAAAUUGUUACCUCUGCACUGAACAUGGUAAUGAUUUAUUCACACAAUGUAACCUUUUAUUUUGUGCUCAAUAGGUAUCUGAUGAGAACAGUGAAACAUCCCAUCCUGCUGAAGGAUCCGGAUGUCAUGAUGUUCCUGGAGAGUUCAGAGGUAGCGUUUCAUCUCAAUCUGUGUACGACACAAAAUUGAACAACACCCAAUUUGAGAAUUAAUGAAAAAAGCGCAUUACUUUUUUGUUGUUCUUGUGUGGUAAUAUUUUUCCCCCAUUUCAGUAUCCUUUAAUAAAGCCAACUUCUGAAAAUAGUUUGGGAUAAGCUCAAGAACAUACGUGACCUUUUGUUUUGAAAAUGGCCAGUGUAACAGAAAACCGACCUAUAUGUUCCCAUGAAAUAACUGUAUUAAUCCAGUCGUAAUGAAAUGCCACUGUAGAAAAGAAGGAUAAAUGGCUGAAAGCAAUUGAAAGCUAUUUUUGCCCAUUGUUCCUCUGAGAGUUUUCCCAGUAAAUGGAUUAAAUUAGAUUCUAACAACAUUGAAAUGUAUGGGAGUGGAGAAAACCCCACACAGCUCCUGGCGCGGGGCUCCCUCUGGGAUUAGGUCGGAGCCCUAGCCUGUUAACCGGUUUGUUUGCACUUAUUUGUCAUUUUAUCCCAGCUGCCGAGAGCGGUUAGCACCCAGGCGCUGAGUGGGGCCGGAAUAUUAAGGAUGGUAAACAAAGCUGCCGACGCUGUCAACAAAAUGACAAUCAAGAUGAAUGAAUCGGAUGCGGUAAGGGCUGAUUUUUGGACUUGAAUAAUGAGACGAAUUAAUGAGGCUCUCCACUUGAAUUCUAAGAUUGGGCGAGUGAAAAGAAGAAGGCAGGUGCUGCUUGGGGGGGGUGGCCCUUUCCUUCCUUACUGGGAAAAGCUAUAUCGUUUUUAUUUUCCACUCCAUUGCAAUUUAUUAACUUUGUUUAUUUUUAUAUACUUGUCGUUCAAAUGUAACCUGCAAAAGCAUUUUCGGCAAUGGAAAGCUUGAGUAUAUGGGGCCUGUCUUACACCGUCAAUGUGUUGAACGUAAACCUAGCAUCUCGCACACGGUCACUCAGGAUGUAAGAAGAAUUUCCAUUUGAAUGUGUUAAUUAAUUAAUUAAUCAAUAAUUGCAAAUGUUUUGAAAACUACAUAGUUGCUAGUUACUAUCAUUACUUAUUCAUACUAUUAUUAUUUAAUUUUGUGGAGAAACUGUAUUAUGUUUCAGCUUGACUUUAUUGCUCUGAUGUGUUGUGAAUGUCAACAGUGGUUUGAGGAGAAGCACCAGCAGUUUGAGAACCUUGACUUGCAACUCAGAAAACUGCAUGCUAGUGUGGAGUCUCUGGUCUGCCACCGGAAAGGUAAACCUACCCUGAGUCAUGACCUUGAGCCUCAGUUUACAGUGACAUACUCUAGACUCAUAAGGCAACAUUCGGCUCUUUUAAAUGCACAAGCAGUGCGUAAAGGAUCUUCAACUAAUAUCAGCAACUCUGCAAUUACUCAAACUUGAUUGCACCGCAUGUAGCGCAUUUUCACAAACUGAAAGUAAAACGCUUCCCAUAAUGUAUAUUAAUAUACUAUAUCAUGUGCUGUCCAUUACUGGGCAAUGUCUGGUGUUACAAUUAUCAAAAAAUUGCGAUGUAUAAUACAAUUCUCAAUUGAACAAUGUUGUUAUUUUGUUAAAGGCCCAGUGCAGUCAAAAACGUGAUUUUCCUGUGUUUUUAUAUACUGUAUAAUUCCACACUAUGAGGUUGGAAUGAUACUGUAAAAUUGAAAAUUAUGAUAAUGCCCUUUUAGUGUAAGAACUGUUUGAAAAGACCGCCUUAAAUUUCUGUUUUGGUGGGAUGGAGUUUUGGCCUGCCUGGUGGAGUUACCAGGCGGUAAAUUAGGUAAUAGACCAAUAAGAAAGCGAGUUCCAAACCUCUCUGCCAAUAACAGCUAGUUUUCCGUUUUCUCCUCCCCACUCCGACCACUCCCAGACAAUCUUACCGAAAUUCUUGCUUGAGAAAUUGCUCUUUGCUAAGAAGCAGUUUUUGUUUAUUUUUGACCAUUUUAAUUGAAAACAAUCACAGUAAGGUACUUAAUUGUUAGCCAGAAAUUAUUUGAUAUUGAGAUAAAAAUGACUGCAUUGGACCUUUUAAUCAUCUUGUAAAUGUUUGGUGAACCAUUUAAAUUGGACCACUUUGUACUAGCUUAAAUUAGGGUUCAAUGCUUCACCUAUGAACCUGCUCUCUUUCUAAACAAUGUCAUGAUCCCUUUCUCUUCCUUUCUCUUUCCUUCUCUCCUCCUCUUCAGAGCUGUCGGUAAACACGGCAUCCUUCGCCAAGUCGGCAGCCAUGCUGGGGAACUCAGAGGACCACACAGCUCUGUCGCGGGCCCUGUCGCAGUUGGCCGAGGUGGAGGAGAAGAUCGAUCAGCUGCACCAGGACCAGGCUUAUGCUGAUUUCUACCUGUUCUCCGAGCUGCUGGGGGACUAUGUACGCCUCAUCACUGCAGUCAAGGUAUUCACUGGAGACCUGUACCACUGUGCUGGAAUAAAACACUGGGGAGCAGCCUUAUUCCGUGUGGGCCUCACAUUUCUUUAUCUGUAUAAUUCUUUAGCCCACACCGAUAUUCUCUUGUUUAGGAUGUGCAUAUCACCUUCUUUUUUGAUCACUGGACACCUAGCACAGUCCUAUGAAUGUAUACGCUUACCUUCAUUAUCUGCAAUACAUUUUCAAUUUCACUUAGAGUAAAAUAACUUACGCACCAGCCCUCUAUUACUACAAACCUUUGCCCUAAUUCUGCUUUUCAAGAUUUUGUCUCGGCUGUUGUAAUAAAGGCAUAUUCCCAUUUCGAUUCCUUUUAACAUGUGAGGUUAGCAGUGAACCUAAACAUAUGCUUUGUCUCUUUCCGUAGGGUGUAUUUGACCACAGGAUGAAGACUUGGUCCAAGUGGCAGGACACCCAGCUCUUGCUGCAAAAGAAGCGUGAGGCUGAGGCCAAACUCCAGUUCGCAAACAAGCCUGACAAGCUACAGCAGGCUAAGGACGAAAUCAAAGAGGUAAGAGAAACGGGCACCUCACUAACAGGCAACCAGACGUUUUAAUGAUAUGUGUGCUCAAAUAGGCUAGAUAGAAUGACAAAACAUAGCAAGGGAGGGAAGCUAUAUAGUGGCAGGACACCCAGAACAAAAACGUAAACGCAACAUGUAAAGUGUUGGUCCGAUGUUUCAUGAGCUGAAAUAAAAGAUCCCAGAAAUGUUCCAUAUGCACAAAAAGCUUAUUUCUCUCAAAUGUUGUGCACAAAUGUGUUUACAUCCCUGUUAGUGAGCAAUUGCCAAUAUAAUCAUCUACCUGACAGGUGUGGCAUAUCAAGAAGCUGAUUAAACAGCAUGAUCAUUGCACAGGUGCACCUUGUGCUGGGGAUAAUAAAAGGCCACUCUAAAAUGGACAGUUUUGUCACUCAACACAAUGCCACAGAUGUCUCAAGUUUUGAGGGAGCGUGCAAUUGACAUGCUGACUGCAGGAAUGUCCACUAGAGCUGUUGCCAGUUAAUUGAAUGUUGAUUUCUCUACCAUAAGCCGCCGUCAACAUCUUUUUAGAGAAUUUGGCAGUACUUCCAACCGGCCUCACAACUGCUAACCACGCCAGCCCAGGACCUCCACAUCUGGCUUCUUCACCUGCGGGAUCGUCUGAGACUAGCCACCCGGACAGCUGAUGACACUGUGGGAUUGCAAAACCAAAGAAUUUGGUGCUCUUUGUCUUCACCAGGGUCUUGACCUGACUGCAGUUCGGCGUCGUUGCCGACUUCAUUGGGCAAAUGCUCACCUUCAAUGGCCACUGGCACGCUGGAGAAGUGUGCUCUUCACAGAUGAAUCCCAGUUUCAACUGUACCGGCGUCGUGUGGGCAGCGGUUUGCUAAUGUCAAUGUUGUGAACAGAGUGCCCCAUGGUGGUGGUGGGGUUAUGGUAUGGGCAGGCAUAAGCUACGGACAAUGAACACAAUUGCAUUUUAUCGAUGGCAGUUUGAAUGCACAGAGAGGCCCAUUGUCGUGCCAUUCAUCUGCCGUCAUCACCUCAUGUUUCAGCAUGAUAAUGCUCGGCCUCAUGUCGCAAGGAUCUGUACACAAUUCCUGGAAGCUGAAAAUGUCCCAGUUCUUCCAUGGCCUGCAUACUCACCAGACAUAUAUCACCCAUUAAACAUGUUUGGGAUGCUCUGGAUCGACGCGUACGACAGCGUUUUCCAGUUCCCCCCAAUAUCCAGCAACUUCGCGCAGCCAUUGAAGAGGAGUGGGACAACAUUCCACAGGCCACAAUCAACAGGCUGAUCAAGUCUAUGCGAAAGAGAUGUAUCGCGCUACAUGAGGCAAAUGGUGGUCACACCAGAUACUGACUGGUUUUCUGAUCCACGCCCCUACUUUUUUUUAAAGGUAUCUGUGACCAACAGAUGCAUAUCUGUAUUCCCAGUCAUGUGAAGUCCAUAUAUUACUGUAACUCAGUAAAAUCUUUGACGUUGUUGCAUGUUGCGUUUAUAUUUUUGUUCAGUGUAGUUGGUUACAAAACAUUUAUUCAAGAAGUUAGUUUUCACAUUGACAACAUUUAAAACCCAAAAUAUAAGUUUAAUUAAAUUCAUCUUGAACCACUAAAGCUUUAUUUGAAUGAAGCAUGUUAACCCCAGUUGCUCUCCUUGAUUUGGAAUAGCAAGCCAACCUUAGUAGUGUGUCGGUUGUUUUGCUAACACAAUUACUUGGGUUAAUUUCGGCAUUCAUCUCUAGAUCCAUUAUUUGGGCAUCAGCUUGGGAAAACUGGUUAAAGGAUCACAAAUUAUUAGCGUAGACUAAUAUUGCUAAUUCGAGUAUGAUCAUAUUUGACAUUACUUACAAUUAGGCCAUCAUUACAUGUUCCGCUACUCAACUUAACAGUCCUUAGCUUUAUGAGAACACAAUUCUAUCUCGCCUUUUCCUCUCCUGCUACCCUACUACCUCUCCCUAUGUGCAUUGCCGUCGAUUCAAUUGUUAGAAACGCUUCUGAAUUGUAGUCACAUGCUUUCCACUUUCAUUUAAACAUAAGUAAAUGUUUGCAUUAAAUAUGAGAAACCUAAGAAAUACUUUGUUUAGGAUGUUUGUAACAGACAAGGUGAAAAAUCGGUCUGUCCCCUUGAGCAAGACACUUAACCAUAAUUUGCUCCAGUGGUGCCAUACUACUAUGGCUGAUCCUGUAAAACAACACAUUUCACUGCACCUAUCCUGUGUAUGUGACAAUAAAACAUAUAUUUUUGUAUUAAUCAUGUACUUACUAAUUUAAUAUUGAACCAUACUGCCCCCUCUGGUCAGUAAUAAGUAUUACACUAAGGACAAUAAUAAUGGGUGGCGGUAGAUUAAUCCAGACGUUUUUGUCAUAACAACGCAUGCUACUGGGGAUAUUCACAGAGGGGUUGUUUUUUAAGUUGAAUAUCUCCCCUUUCAGUCUUGGGCAUUACAUGCUAACCAGGGUGACUGUUGUAAUGGCUAUUAACCUGCUUACCGUCUGCUUUGAUCAGUGGAAUGCCAUUCCUCUGUAGUUCACCUGUGUUUGGCAACAGUGGGUUCAUGUUUGAAUUAUUUUAAGAACAAAACAUUUUCAAGCUCUUUAAUUUCUGCAUUUUCCCUGCCAUGCCUCCACCAAGGAGAUUGAGGAGGUAGGACCCUGGGCUUGGCUUUUUUAAUUUACUUUUCUUCAUCACUUACAGUUCCCUCCAUUUCAUCACUAAACUGCACCAAUUGAAGUGCCUAUCUAGUGUCACAUUGAUCAUCUUUGUCAAAAGACUAAGUUUGGCUGAUUCGUCAUUUGAAACCCAUAAUGAUAUCAAUAGACAUGUGAUCACUUUGGAUUACUUUGGAUCACUUUGGGACUAGGGCAGGGUUUCCCAAACUCUGUCCUCGGGACCCCAAGGGGUGCACGUUUUGGUUUUUUGUCCUAGCGCUACACAGUUGAUUCAAAUAAUCAACAAGCUUUUUGAUUUGAAUCGGCUGUGUAGUAUAAGGGCAAAAACCAAAACGUGCACCCCUUGUGGUCCCAUGGACCGAGUUUGGGAAACGCUGGACUAGGGGAUGAGGAUUUGACAAAGUGAGGGUUGCAAACCUAAUAAACAGAAUAUAUAAAUGGACUGUGCAAAUUGGCACAGCAUUGUGCAAACUGCUUAAUGUGACUGUCUUACAGUAUCUAUACGAACAGGACUGUUUCGUAUUUGUAAGUGUAAAAAUGGGCUUGUCUUCAAUUAUUUUAUUUUUUUUACUCCAACUUAAUAUUCAUUGCUUCACCAUUAACUUGGUAUUGUCAAUCAUCUCCAGUAAAUAGUGUGUUUACUUUACCCCAUAACUCCUGAGAAUUUGUCUAUCCUCAUUACUAGUAAUUACUUAAUAGCUUUUUCAUUUUUUCAAAUGCAACUGACUAAUGGAUAAUGUAUACAGUAGUAACUGACCAGUAACAGUUAAUUCUGCAACAGGUUACAAGUGUAUAAAUACAGUACACCAGUAUAGAAUACAUGUAUACAUUAGUGUACUUGUUUUGGACCGAGUACUUUCUUAGUGGAGAGAACUUGUCAUUUUGUCUUUGCAGUUGGAGGGGAAGGUCCAGCAAGGUGAAAAAGACUUUGAGCUGAUUUCCAAAACCAUUCGAAAAGAAGUGAGCCGAUUCGAGGUAUGAUGAACACGAUAACAUUUGACAUCUUAGUCAUUUAGCAGACGCUCUUAUCCAGAGCGACUUACAGUUUAGUGAGUGCAUACAUUUUUUCAUACUGGCCCCCCGUGGGAAACGAACCCACAACCCUGGCGUUGCAAGCGCCAUGCUCUACCAACUGAGCUACACAGGGCCCCACCUUUUAUGUAUUUGGUUUCGCCCCAGAAUAUGGGCAUCAUGUGGAUGGGAGGGGCCUGAUAAACUAGAGUUUAGAAAUGGGACAAAUACAAAUGUUUACCCUUAUUGCUAGUUUGAUGUUUCCAUAACCACUGAAUAGUUGAUUUGUGAUAUCAAGAUAGCCCUUACUAAAAUAUAUAUAUAUUUUUUUACUGCAGUAUUAUGAGGAUACUUUUGAUAGUGAUUUAUUACACCGAACCGUAUGUCAAAUCAAAUCAAAUCAAAUCAAAUGUUAUUUGCCACAUGCGCCGAAUACAACAGGUGUAGACAUUACCGUGAAAUGCUUACUUACAGCCCUUAACCAACAAUGAUGUUAUUUUGUCUGACCUGUGACCAUGUCUCUCCCGUUACAGAAGGAUAGGGUGAAGGACUUCAAAGUUGUCAUUAUUCAAUACCUGGAGUCGCUUGUGCAAACACAACAGCAGGUACAGCAUAUCUGGGUUUGGAUUCCUAUUGGUAGUGUAGUGGGAGACUACACAUGCACAUACACCACUUGCACCAACUUGUAACAAAUGUCAUAAUUUAUAUUUCAUUAAGGAAUGUAUUAAAAUAUGUUGACAAUUUAGUGUUUUCCCAGAAUUCUACAUACUAUCUAAUUAGCAUAAUAACUGCGGCAAGUUUACUUUUUGAAAGUGAAGUAUUAGCAUCAGAAAAGUGCAUUGUGUGACAGUAUACUAUACAUACACUACCAUUCAAAAGUUUGGGGUCACUUAGAAAUGUCCUUGUUUUCUAAAGAAAAGCAAUUAUUUUGUCCAUUUAAAAUAACAUCAAAUUAAUCAGAAAUACAGUGUAGACAUUGUUAAUGUUGUAAAUGGCUAUUGUAGCUGGAAACUGCAGAUUUUUUUUUAAUGGAAUAUCUACAUAGGCGUACAGAGGCCCAUUAUCAGCAACCAUCAGUCCUGUGUUCCAAUGGCACGUUUUGUUUGCUAAUCCAAGUUUAUCAUUUUAAAAGGCUAAUUGAUCAUUAGAAAUAGUACCCGCAAAAGACCAGUCUCAACGUCAACAGUGAAGGGGCGACUCCGGGAUGCUGACCUUCUAGGCAGAGUUGCAAAGAAAAAGCCAUAUCUCAGACUGGCCAAUAAAAAGAAAAGAUGAAGAUGGGCAAAAGAACAGACACUGGACUUUUUCUUUGCAAUUCUGCCUAAGUCAGCAUCCCGGAGUCGCCUCUUCACUGUUGACGUUGAGACUGGUGUUUUGCGGGUACUAUUUAAUGAAGCUGCCAGUUGAGGACCUGUGAGGCGUCUGUUUCUCAAACUAGACACUAAUAUAUUUGUCCUCUUGCUCAGUUGUGCACCGGGGCCUCCCACUCCUCUUUCUAUUCUGGUUAGAGCCGGUUUGCGCUGUUCUGUGAAGGGAGUAGUACACAACGUUGUACGAGAUCUUCAGUUUCUUGGCAAUUUCUCGCGUGGAAUAGCCUUCAUUUCUCAGAACAAGAAUAGACUGACGAGUUUCAGAAGAAAGUUAUUUGUUUCUGGCCAUUUUGAGCCUGUAAUCAAACCCACAAUUGCUGAUGCUCCAGAUACUCAACUUGUCUCAAGAAGGCCCGUUUUAUUGCUUCUUUAAUCAGCACAACAGUUUUCAGCUGUGCUAACAUAAUUGCAAAAGGGUUUUCUAAUGAUCAAUUAGCCUUUUAAAAUGAUAAACUUGGAUUAGCAAACACAACAUGCCAUUGGAACACAGGACUGAUGGUUGCUGAUAAUGGGCCUCUGUAAGCCUAUGUAGAUAUUCCAUAACAAAUCAGCCGUUUCCAGCUACAAUAGCCAUUUACAACAUGAACAAUGUCUACACUGAAUUUUUGAUCAAUUUGAUGUUAUGUUUUUUUCUUUUCUUUCGAUAACAAGGACGUUUCUAAGUGACCCCAAACUUUUGAACGGUAGUGUAUGUCUGAAAACAUACUUUGAAAUAAUAUACUUCCUAAAUAUACUAUUUGAAAGGGAAAUAAACAUAUGGGCCUAAUACAACUAAAUGUUUUGCUGUUUAGUUAGAUUUUUUUUAAAACUGACAAUAGACAUUAAUGAACUUCAUUUUCAUAAGGAUUACCUUAAAAGUCUGAAGCAUGGUCAUGUAGCUAAUGGAUCCUCACUGUAGUUUCCCUUCUGCUCCACAGCUGAUAAAGUAUUGGGAGGCGUUCUUACCUGAAGCCAAAGCUAUCGCAUAAUAACUGGAUGGCCCGCCUUGCCUGCAUUUUUGCCAACCACAGCACCCCUGUCUGAUGAUCACACAUUUUCUUAUGUUUACGUCCAGAUCACGCCUUCAAGAGGAUGCACAGAGAAACAAAAUACACUUUUUGACAUGCGAAUUGCUCACCCUCCGCAGUUACCCUAUGAUUUCACCUGAAAGAAGCACCUGUCCUAUUUCUGUUGAGAGAUUAACCCCAUGAGGACUGUGAUAAGCCAGGGACUUCGCACUCCCUGUUUGAUCAAACACUACUACUACUCUGUCUUAUUUACUACCAGAAUGAUUUGUGGGUUUGAUAUUUGCCACCUAAUGUGCAAUGGUUGACGAUUUCUUUAAUAUAAUUUUUUGUUGUAUUGUUUCAUUUGAAGGCCUUGUUCCCCCCCCCCAAUAAAAAAAAAAAACUGUGAUCUUUUCUUUUCACUUUACAUUCCUGUGCUGCAAAUGUUUGAGUACUUUAAUUCUAAUAAAGGAAUGUAUCUCAGUGUUGGAUGUGAUGUUUUGAAAUGGUAUAUUUGUUGUGCAUAUCACUUGGCUGACAGGCCUUGUCUUUGUGUACAGUACAAAAGGAGUUUUCAGUUACUACGGUGCUUCAUACGUAUUCUAUGCGGACCACGUGAUAAACCCCACCUCUUUAAGGAAUACCUGGGAUAGGAUAAAGUAAUCCUUCUACCCCCCCCCAAAAAAAAUUUGUAAAGUGGUUAUCCCACUGGCUAUAGGGUGAAUGCACCAAUUUGUGAGUCGCUCUGGAUAAGAGCGUCUGCUAAAUGACGUAAAUGUGCCCUUGAGCAAGGCACUUAACCCUAAUUGCUCCUGUAAGUCGCUCUGGAUAAGAGCGUCUGCUAAAUGACUAAAAUGUAAAUGUAAAUGUAAUAUUUUCUGAGGAGAGCUUGUUUAUUUUUUUUAAAGUUCCACUCAUUCUCAUUAAAAUAUACUUUAAAAUACUAACACUGUACAUGUCAUUGAGACAAACACUGAGUGUACAAAACAUUAGGAACACAUGCUCUUUCCAUGACAGACUGACCAGGUGAAUCCAGGUGAAAACUGUGAUCCCUUAUUGAUGUCACCUGUUAAAUCCACUUAAAUCCGUGUCGAUGAAUUGGAGGAGAUGGGUUAAAGAAGGAUUUAAGCCUAGAGACAAUUGAGACAUGGAUUGUGUGCGUGCCAUUCAGAGGGUGAAUGGGCAAGACAAAAUAUUUAAGUGCAUUUGAAUGGGGUAUGGUAGUAGGUGCCAGGCACACUGGAGUGUGUCAAGAACUGCAACGCUGCUGGGUUUUUCACACUGAACAGUUUCGUGUGUGUCAAGAAUGGUCCUCCACCCAAAGGACAUCCAGCCAACAUGACAUAACUGGGAAGGAUUGGAGUCAACAUGGGCCCGCAUCUCUGUGGAAUGCUUUUGACACCUUGUGUAGUCUAUGAAUUGAGGCUGUUCUGAGGGCAAAAGGGGGUGCAACUCAAUAUUAGGAAGGUGUUUCUAAUGUUUUGUACACUCAUUGAUUGAACUACCAGUUGUUAUAAGCAGUGGCCAAUAUUACAACUGCAUUUAUACUGGCCAGUAUUACGUCUCUUGUAGCCCAACAACUUUAUACAGAACACAAUCAUCCCGACAUGUCCUGUCAAGUGUUUAGAACUGCAUAAUACAUCUUCAAUGCGCUGUCAAAAAGUCCAGUGCACAUGACUUUGCAUUGUCGCUGUCGUAUUGACAAGCUGUCAUAUUAAUGCAUUGCUUUAGGUAUCUGUAAAAGAGGAUAUUCAUAUGUGAGGCAGCCUGUUAUGAGAGACACGAAGUGAGUCCUCUCCUUAAGGGCCUGUGUGUAUGGGACCAUGUCACUAUUGACACCACUCAAUUUAGUGCUCUUGCAGGGAACCACAAAGCCCAGUUUCACUAGAAACUCACAGGUGCUUUCACUAGCACACACAUGCCUACCCUUUUAUGGUGAUUUGAUACAAUGCAGGAGACUAAGCUGUUGAAACAGGAAACACUCCAAAAUCGUAUCGGGUGUAUUCAUUAUGCCGAUUCUGUUGCAAAAUGUUCUUAAACGGAACAAAACCGGGAGGGACCCACCUGAAUUUGUCCAAUAGAAACUCAUUAGUUUGGACUAAUGAUUACAAGUUGUCACGUACUGUACUACUAUACUACAUCUUGAAUGAAAGAUAUCCACCCAUAGUUAGUUUCAGUGGAACAUGUAAUGCCACCUCAUUGAACGUUUGGUUGAUUCAACCAAUUGUGAGUUAAACCAGUUAGUUAGGAUAUUGUUUGUUGGUGAGACAAAAGUCAGGGCCAGGGUUGGGGGUAAAUUCCAUUUAAAUUCAGGAAGUAAACUGAAAUUCCUAUUCCAAAUUUGUACUCAUAGAGAAGCAUUGAAAAUGGAAUUGUAAUUUCAGAUUAAUUUCUGACUCUUGUCAAGAGGAACGAGACCUACUGUGUGCACACACACUGGACUCUACCCACACACUCACACAUACUGGACUCUACCCACACACUCACACAUACUGAACGCUACCAACACACUCCCACAUACUUACACUGACACUACAUAUGCCCACACACACAUAACGUGUACACACAUACACACUGAUGCCGCACACACACACACUUACACACUCACCUCUUACCCCUGCACAUUGACUCAGUACUGGUAUAUAGCAAUUCUUACUCAUUAUUGUUAUCCACUGUGUAUUUAUUCCCUGUGUCACUAUUUCAAUGUUUUAUUAAAAUGUGUAUCUUUAUCUUUAACUCCGCAUUGUUGGAAAAGGACCUGUAAGUAAGCAUGUGACAAAUACACAUUUAUUUGAUUUUGCAUGACCGUUAUCUCACUAUAAGAUUUUGUUGUACUGUUUUGUAGUAUUGUCUCUCACUUACUGACACAUCCUGUGUUCCAUGUAGAAAAUGCAUCAAUAGCCUCUUCUUAUUAUCAAAAAUAAUGAAAAAGAAAUUUUGACAGGGUUGAGCUACUCAAAACAUAUUUUUAUAUGUAAUUAUUUUUUUGGGGGAAAAACCUAUUUCUAUCCCGCUGUAUUCAGUACUCUGGAAUAUUAUAUCUUGUACAUUUGUAUUUAAUGUGUAAUUUGCUUUUAGGUAAAUGCAUUUACAAAUGUAUGUAAAUGUAUUUAAUUGUUCAGAAAUUGGUGCUGUUUGAGUGGCACUGUAAAGGAGACACUAAGUGAUCGCAUGGAUAAGCAUAUUCUAGAUAAGCCUAUUCUGCAUCCUAUAGGCCAAACCUUAUCCUCACAUCGUUGGCAUUCAGAGCAGGUUUAGAAUAAUGUAGGUACAUUUAUUUUACCUCAUCAAUUACACAAAAACACUCUGAAUGUCUCUCUAUUUUCCCUUUGUAGUUUUAACAUUCCUCAGUAUAUGUACACUGAGGUAAAAAAGAGCCGAAUGAACAAAAAGCUACAGAACAGAUAAAAAUGUUGUCUAGCAUUGGCUUUAUUUAUCAUAUCUCCAAAUAGCAAUGUAAUGGUGUGUUAUGGUCAAAAUACAGUGACCUUACUUGAUCAAGUACACCCUCAGCCCACAGAUAAGAAGAGCAAUAUAAUAGAGUACACUGAAAAGAGUGUACUGUAAUUAUUUGUGCCCUGUCAAGAGAAGGCCCCUGGACCCCUAGCGAUUCAAAUCUGAGAGCACUACGUACAGCAGGAACUAACCCUUGCCAACAUGAGACAAAUAUCGCCCUGCUCCUGCGACAUGGCUGAAAUUGCACCAGUUUGUCAUGCACACUGCUGCCAGCUCUCCUGAAAUAUAAUUUGCUUGCAAAUGUGAGCCCCCUUUCUCCCAGAUCUCUAGCAGUCGUCUCAGUGGUUAGACAUUUGUCUUUCCACUGUCACUAUCAGUGAGCAAUGAUUACUCUCUGGGCUUUGUAUUUUUCUACACAGUUGUGCUGAUAAAGAGAUAAUAAAGAAGAAAAUAUUUGAAUGCAUCUGUUUUGUACUAUUUUGUAAUUAUGCAGGAUUGUGGACAUGACGUAAAACAAAUUGUUUCCCAUAUUGGUUCUUUUUGGUGGUCUUUGUGUAAUCUGCCUGGUUAUGCCUUUGGUUUUUCUUUACAUAUUUUAGUCAAAGUUGUACAGGGUGACCAUUCAUUGCAGAGUGUUUGCUCAGAGCUUACAUGACAUUCACGCUGAAAUGACGUGAACAACAUACGUUUUAUAAACAAUGUUACUCAUUGUGUAUUUAUUAUUACUUUUAUUAUUACGUGUUAUUACUUUUCUAUUAUUUAUUUGUUUUGUCUCUCUCUCUCUCUCUGCAUUGUUGGGAAGGUCCUGUAAGUAAGCAUUUCACUGUUAGUCUACACCUGUUGUUUACGAAUCAUGUGACAAAUCAAAUUUGAUUUGAUUUUAAUAUGUCUUUUUUUCUGACUUUUAGUGUGAAGCAGCUAACUCACUGAUAGAUUGCAUUCGAAAAUGUCUAUUAAAUCUGUCUCGAGUUCAUGUACUAAAGGAUAAGGGGGGGGGGGAUGAAGUUCAGUGCCCAAUCGUAUUCAUUUCUUUCUCUUAUCUGUUGAUAGUGUGGCUCCUGUGGUCUCGGAUUAUCCUUUGCCUGCUCAUUUUGUGGCUGGAAGAGAAAUGACUCCCCGUUGAGCUCAUAUUAGUUUCUGUGUCUUACCACCAAACCUUAAUUCCACAGCUCAACACUGAGCAUGUGGCCCUCUGGCGUCAGGGACUCCGGGUCAUUGGAGUCAGAGGAGAUGAGGCCUGA